ACGCAAAGAGAGGGAAACGGUUCGGCAUGAUUGACUCCUUUCCCACAUUCUCCCGCUCGCCCUCCCCGAAAUCGCCAUGGCUCCCGCCUCCCGCCCGCCGACGGCGACGCCUCCGGCCGCAUCCUCGUCCCGGAUAGACUCGCCGUCGCUCAAGGCAGCCCUCGCGAUGGCUCUCAUGCACUACAACCGCCUCCCCUCGAGAGCCGCCGCCGCCGCGGGCACCUCCACCCCGCCUCUCAUCCACUGGAAGCGCAAGGCUAAGGAUCGGAAGCGCGAGAUCCUCCGCCUCCGCGAAGAGCUCAAGCUCCUCCAAGAUGGGGUGCGCGGGGAGGAGACUGAGCCGCCAGUCGCGUCGUGCCGGUGCCACUUCUUCGACGGGUGCGGGGACCUGCAGCCGCCCGGUGGCGGGGAGCAUUGGGUCGACGAGGUGCUGCGGAGGAGGUUCCUCAGAUUGGCGCGGUGGAAGGAGAAGCGGCGGAGAGUGGAUCGACCUCUUCCCGUCACUAGUUUUAUGGAGUUCAAUAGAGAGGAUGAGGUACAGCAGCUUAGCUUGUCAACUGAUUUCCUGGUGGAGCUAUCGGAUGGCAUCUUUGCCAAAAGGGACUCUAUGUCCUCAUUUGCAACAUUCUCUCACCAAGCAGUAGACUUCAUUUUGGCUUCACUAAGGAACAUUCUAUCAACAAAAAGGGAAAGGGAGCUGGUUGAGGAGAUAAUCGAUGGUCUAGUAGCACGUUUGAUGAAAAGGAUGUGUACCAUUUCUGAAAAUAAUUGUACUUCAGAUUCAGUAAGGAGCAUGGAGUACAUCUUACGAAUUAAAAUUAAACUCGCACUUCGUGUGGAACUCCUACCAGGAUCAGUUGACUGCUCAGAUGCCCAAUUUUCUGUGCAGCACUUGUUCCGGAAGUUAGGACAGGAAGAGUUCAUCGGUCAGCGGAUAAUCCUUGUAGUUUCUCAAAAGAUCUCAAAUCUAUCAGAAAUGUUACUUCUGGUAGAUCCGUUUGAUGAUUCCUUCCCUGAUAUGCAUGGCAAUAUGUUCAUUAUGAUUCAAUUAAUCGAGUUUCUCAUAUCUGAUUACAUAAAAAAAUGGCUAUGUUGCGAGCAAUUUGACAAAAAUUUUUUUGAAGAAUGGGUCAGAUCUAUUCUCAAGGCACGCAAAGACUUGGAAGUCCUAGAAAACAUAAAUGGGCUGUAUGUUGUGUACAUUGAGCGAGUGGUUGGAAGGUUGGCAAGGGAGGUGGCUCCUGCUGCCCAUCAGGGGAAGCUGAACCUUGACGUCUUCUCCAAACUCCUGUGCUGAGAACGUCCAGCCUAAGACUUGCCAAUGAUGCUUACCUACAGUAAGACGUUACAGCAGCAAGCUGCUGUUCUUUUCCUCAUUGUAUGGCCAGGAACCAAGACAUAGCCAAAGUAUGUUAUAUUAACUCCCAUCACGUGUGGAUGCGUAGUUACUGCGAAUCACUUUACUGUAACCAUUUAUGUACUGGAAUUAUGUAUUCUAGAAACUUAUAUAUAUAUGGAUUCUGGCAUAUAAGAGAAACUUAAGAAUCUAUGGUGUAUCUACCAUUGGUUGGAAUUGUUUGUUUCAUAAGUAUAUAUAAUUGCAACACCUUUCACUUCACAA